CUCAAAUACAAGCUUUCAUCCGUCUCCGGCUGCCUCUCGCUCCUGAGCAGUCUGUUUGUUUUUUUAUGCGCUUCAUCGAUACCACUCAAGCGCCAUCGCUGCCGCCCAUCGGCUACUAAUGCACCUGUCUCCUCGUGAGGCUUUGACACUCAACAUACGUCACCGACGCGCGAACUUUCCUAGAGACGCACCCAAGGGCGCUCGAUACACCAUUGGCCAUUUGAUCGUAUCUAAGAUAUGGGUGUCAAGGAGUUCUUCCACAAACGGUCAUUGCGCUAUAAAGACAACGUGCGCACAAAUGCUGCCGAGCUGACGUUGAAGGAGUCUCUAUUUCCAAUUUUCCUUGUCACCAUCCUUUUCUUCCUUUGGGGUUUCUCCUACGGUCUCCUUGACACUCUCAACAAGCAUUUUCAAGAGACGCUACACAUUACCCGAGCGAGAUCAUCCGGCUUGCAGGCCGCCUACUUCGGAGCCUACCUCAUCGCUAGUCUUGGUCAUGCCGCAUGGAUCUUGAGGCAUUGGGGUUACAAAGCGACAUUCGUCUUUGGCCUCUUUCUCUACGGUAUUGGAGCUCUUAUCGCAAUCCCGUGCAUCAUCGCCAAGAGUUUUGGUGGCUUCUGCGCCGCCAUAUUCAUCAUUGGCAAUGGCCUUGGCUCCUUAGAGACGGCUGCAAACCCGUACAUCACCGUCUGCGGUCCUCCAAAGUACAGCGAAUUCCGAAUCAACAUCUCCCAGGCCUUCAACGGUAUCGGUACCGUCGUCGCUCCCGUGAUGGGUUCAUAUGUCUUCUUUGCCUUUGACGACAAGCGCGCCUUGGAGAAUGUGCAAUGGGUAUACCUCGCCAUCGCCGUCUUUGUCUGGUCCCUCGCCAUCGUUUUCUGGCUGGCUAGGAUUCCUGAGAUCACGGAUGCCGACAUGGCUUUUCAGGCUUCUGAGACCCACGCCAACGUUGACGAUAAACCCUUCCGGAAGCAAUACCGCCUCUUUCAUGCCGCUUUUGCCCAAUUCUGUUACACUGGCGCUCAAGUUGCGAUUGCCGGUUUCUUUAUCAAUUACGUGACCGAGCGUCGUCCCAAUACUGACAGUCCUCUCGGCUCCAAGUUCUUCGCUGGCGCUCAGGCAGCCUUUGCUGUGGGUCGUUUUGCUGGUACCGGUCUCAUGCACUACAUCAAGCCCCGUUGGGUCUUCCUCGGCUUCCUUUCCUGCUGUGUCAUCUUCAUCGUUCCUUCCAUUACUCAGGAUGGAGAUGUAGGUAUGGCUAUGCUGUAUAUUGUACUUUUCUUCGAAUCCGUUUGCUUUCCGACAAUCGUGGCUCUGGGCAUGAGGGGUCUUGGCAGACACUCGAAGAGAGGAAGUGGCUUGAUUAUUGCUGGUGUUUCUGGUGGCGCUGUCGUACCUCCUCUUGUCGGCGUUGUCGGCGAUGCGAAGGGUAUGGGUACUGCCAUGGUCAUCCCCCUCAUAUUUUUCGUGCUGGCAUGGUCAUACGCCUUCGCCGUCAAUUUCAUUCCCAGCUACCGUAGCAUUGUCGAUGCAUUCAGCACUACAGAAGUCGGCAUACGACCUGUAGAUGCGGAUUGGGAGAAGGGAGGGAUCAAAUCUGUCGAGGACAAGCAGACUGAGAAAGCCGUCUCUACGUUAUCGUGAAUGGACAUUACUUGACUUGUGCCAUCACAUCGUAACAUUCUUCUGAUGGCACUGAUGCUUAUUGGGUGCGAUGUCACUCGACU